AGCGGUGACACCACAGCCCGCAGCAGCUGGGGAACCUCCGGCUCCUCCUCCAGCAGUAGGGAAAGCGAAAGCAGAAGCCGGCGGCUGUGGGAGGGAAGGGGGGAGGGAGAGCCAUCCCGACGGGAGAUCCGCAGGUUGCAAUGGAUUCAACAAACCCACCGUAUUCUUCGGGAGAUAAUGGUUUGCAUGUGACAACCGCUGACCUUCCUGACACAUCAGAAGAGAUGGAAAGUCUUAAACAGGAACUGGAGAAAUGGAAGGAAAGAUUUGAACAAGCUGAGAAAACAAAAACCGACCUUCAACAUAGCAUAUCAACUGCUAAUGAAGAAUAUGUGAAAAUACAGCAUGAGCUGACAGAGCUAAAGGAUGCUCAAGAGAAACUUAAUAAAGAGAGUGGCAUGUCUAAGGCCGUCUAUGAGACAGAGCUUUGUGUGCUAGACCACGAUAAUUCUGAGCUGAAGAGAGACAUUGAGAAGCUCAAAGAAGAGCUUGCAGAAUGUUGUUCAGCGCUCUCGCAGGAUGGUAAGAUUAAAAAAAGGGUGGCAGAAAUGAAAGUGGAGUUCACUCGCAUGGAAGACACAGAGGGUGACAUUCUGGAUAUGAACACCCACUGCGUUUUUUCUGUAACAACAAGAAUCCCAUUCAAACUGAACCAAAACCGAGCACUGCUUACUUUGGAAGAUGAAGAAGUUGCCCAGAGACUGACAAAAAUGGGUAAGCAUACUGUGAACCUGGAUGGAACUACAGCAGAUGUGAAAGUGGUGCCUUUUACAGUUGGACUGGGAGUCAAAUUUGAGCUCCACAUCACAAUUUCUGGAAAGAAGAUCAAUGUUUCGGAAAUCCCUGAGCUGCCAAUUCCUGAUGAAUGGAUGAAAGACAAAUUAGAGCUGAAUUUCUACAAAUCUGAAUACGGAGGAGGAGUAGUAGAAAAUAUAAGAUAUGACAAGAGGUCCAGAACAGCUGUGAUUACGUUCACUAGACCUGGAGCAAUGGCCAGCAUUGCGAGAUGUACUAAAUACCCUUUCUAUGUAAAUGGAAGGUGCCAUAAGCUUUCUGUGUCCCCAAGGACUGAUGGACACUUGGAAAAGCUUCAGCUCUUUUCUGGUAUUUCUACGAAGACCAUUCUACUGAAAGGAAUUCAAGAGACUGAAGACGAUGAGGAAAGCGUGCAGGAUAUGAUUGAAAUUCAUUUUCAGAAGCCUAGUAACGGUGGUGGGGAAACAGAGAGCAUCAAAUAUGUAUCAAAAGGAGCUACGUGGGUUUAUUUUGAAGAGGAUGCUUAGAAUGCCAUACAGAAAAGUGUGGAGCUCUCUCAGAACUUCUGAGCUUCUGCUUCAUCCGAGGUUAUAAGCGAUGCCACUGGUUCUUGUAGAGCUGUGCCUUAAUGUUUAGAAAGUGAAAAAGGGGAACUGCCUUUCUGAUUUGUUUAAUGGCAUCAACUUUGAACAGAAAUUCAUUCAAACUUAAUGCUUGGUGUUCCAGGUGCUGCUGCUGAAAGUCACAGGGAAAGCCUUCAUCUGCACACACAACUUAAUCUAAGAUCACUUCUUGCAAAGUCACAGAUUUUGUAUCUUGUCCAUUUUAUAUGGGUUUAUCCCACCUUAACCUAUUUUGUCUUACAUUUUUGUGACAGAAGUCAUUCAUAACCCAGUGUCCAGCAUCUGCACAGAUCCACAGCUCUGGGGGUUGUAUCGGUGUGUGCUCCAACAUAACUCAAUCAGAUGGUUGUUUAAAACGAGCUGCUUUGGAGCAGAGCUGGAGUAGCAACGUGAUGGUGCACACAGGGCCUGAGGCACUUACUUAUUUAGUGGCAUGUGCCUGGCCAGGCUGCCAGUACAUGUAAGGGGGCAUUUGGAGAAAGGCACAGAGGGUUUAGGGGAAGAUGGUUUGUUUCUGCAUGUAAACUUCCCCUUUUGCUUCCAGUUCUGACUUUGAAAGAGCUUUGAAAUAAAACAGGAGUGCAAAAGCUCCAAGAGUG